UGUCAACUGUCAGAGAUCAAUCAUCUGUCAUAUUAUAAUUGUUUAUAUUUUUAUUAUACUUUAUAUAAGUUGAAAAAAAAAAAUAAAAAUAUCAUAAUUUCGUAUAAAUUUGCUACAGAUAUAUAUGAUUUUUAAAAUGGUCAAAAUUUGGAAACUAGGUCUUAUGAGUUUUGAUACAGCGUUAAACAUUCAGCUUGCUUUAGCUCGCAAACAUUUAGAUGCAAUCUCAAAAGGAAUCUCUUCGAAUUACGACACUUUGCUCCUAGUGGAACAUAAGCCUGUAUACACAGUUGGUAUUAGAGAUAAUACACCUAGACAAGAAAUCCUUAGAUUACGUAGCCUAGGAGCAGAAUUUAGGAAGACAAACAGAGGCGGCCUGAUAACCUUUCACGGGCCAGGGCAACUGGUUGCAUAUCCAAUUAUCAAUUUAAAACAUUACAAAACCAGUGUGAAAUGGUAUGUGAAUUCUCUGGAAGAGACAGUCAUCAAAUUGUGUCAAGAGCUUGGUGUCAAAGCAAAUAGAUCUCCACACACAGGAGUAUGGGUAGGUGACAAUAAAAUUGCAGCAAUAGGCAUACAUGCAUCCAGAUAUGUGACAACACAUGGUAUUUGUUUGAACUGUGAUAAUGACCUAUCAUGGUUUGACCAUAUUGAGGCAUGUGGUUUACCUGAUAAAGGCAGCACAUCCCUAACCAAUGAAACUGGGGUGAAUUGUCCUAUAGAAAAAAUCACCCCAUUGUUUUUAAAUAGCUUUAACAAAGUCUUUGAAUGUGAAACCGAGGAUUUAGAUGUAAAAGUGCAACAAGAGAUAUUACAUGGAAUUUAUAACAAAUUACUGGUACAAACUGCAGCAUAAAUUAGUACAAUUUGAAUUGUUAUUUAUUCUAAUCUGAUUAGAUAGGAAAUAUAAUAGUGCCCCCAAACUAUGUUAUAACUUAUAUUUAAAAAUGUUAAAUAAAAGAGUGUAAAAUUUGUA